AUGGUGAGUGUCUAUGUCGAUUCUGUACGAGAUGUGGAAAUUUUGGCCACAGAAAAUAUCACUGCAGAGCAACGCAAUGUGGCCAAUUAUACUCGAAGGCGAAGUGCCGAGAGCCCUUCAUCCUCCGAAGAAGAGUUUAUUCAGCCAAACACGAAUACUCUUGAUGGAAGCGUUGUUUCACAGUCAAAUGCUCACACUGAACCACCUAAGGGAAACCAGCUACAUGAGAACACUAGUGUGGAAGGGCCUGCGAGGACUAGAAACAAUUUUACCGCAGGCGUAGUGGGGGAACCACUCCAGCUCCAGAAUAUUGGGCCUGUUAAUCGUGCACUCAUCCUAAAGCAACUCAUCUCCAAAACAGCAGAAAAAUAUGAAGAGAGAUAUGCGUCCAUAUUAGACACAGAUGAUAUGGGGGCAAUUCUGGAACAGCACUUGAAUCCCACUGUAAGGGACAUAUGCAAAAACGGUGAAUUUACGCUCUCGAAGUAUAUCGCCCGCUUCUUCACCCUUUCUGGCAUCUUUCUAAUGAAGGGAAAUAGUCUUAUAGCAAUUGGUCAGAACCCAGAAAACCUAGUUAUUUGUGGGGUUUACCUCCACAUCCUGUGGAGGAGGAGCAAUCCACAAAAGUUUUGGUUAUACGUCGGACAAGCAGCAGAACUUCGAGAGAGAAUUCGAACACACAACGAUAUCUACCGCCGGAAACGUAACCCAUCACUACACUACCAUGUUUGGGACUCAGCUGAAGACAUGGACUCGGUAUUUGUCACCCUAGGCGCCAGUGAAAAGCCAACAUCUGCCAAAACACAGCUAUUGCUGAACCUCCUCGAAAUGUGGAUGGCACUGGUCUUCCAGACAUUGACAUCAUUACACCUAAAUGAGUAUCUACCCGAGAGUGUAAACAGCCUCUGGUCGGGGCAUCACCUUAAUGUUGCACUACCCUUGUGGCAAGGCUUCACGGAGGAAAACCAGGCUGUGAGCGAGGCAGUUGGCGGGCGAAUAUCUUUCCAGCAGUAUUUUCUGAGGACCCGGCAAUUCGUCAAUGGGCAGAAAGUGCAAGAGACGCGUUUAACGAUAUACGAAACUCUCCCGACGCUCUGCUAA